UCAGGAAAUCUUUUUAACUGUGGCAGCCUUACAGUGCGAGCUCCUUGUGGAGCUGUGGGGCAUGGUGCACAUUAUCAUUCUCAGUCAGUGGAGAGCUUCUUUGCUCAUGUACCAGGACUAAAGGUACAAUUUUUUUUGUUAUCUUUGUUUAGCUCUCUGUAAUUCAUUUUCACCCAUUUUCACAUUGGAAAUGCCAACUGAAGCUCUACUGGAUGGUCAACAAAACUGGUACAUUUUGCUGCCAAAUAAUCUGGAACCGUUUCCCAACCCCUCCCCCCAAUCACAUAUGGUUCAUUUGGCUUGUUUUAGUUAUCUUGAAUAUUGCACAACAGUGUUCAGGGUGGAGGUGGGGAUUGGGGGAGGUUAGGCUUUAUUUAUGCCACCAACAUGUAACUAAGUUAGUAAUUCAUUUAUUUAGAAAGCCAAAUGUGUGCCUAGGUUUAGCUUGAAGUUGCAGUUAACGUGGCAUUUGUUCCAGAAGUCUGUUCUAAAUUUGUUUUUUUAUGUGUGAGGAUUGCUUUGUGUCAAGCAUUUUUCCACGGAAUGAGAGUCGGAAGGUGUGCCUUUUGACUUAAUUUGUAUAGGUUUUCGUACUUGCAUGCAUGUGUGUUUGCAUUUGUCAUGCUUUAAAUACACAUUAACUAUUUCUGUAGUCCAUUUUGUGGUUUUGCAUGCUAAAUGAUGUUUUUUUUUCAUAUUUUAGGUUGUCAUUCCCAGAGGGCCUAUUCAAGCCAAAGGACUUCUAAUUUCAUGUGUCAGAGACAAAAACCCAGUCAUCUUCUUGGAACCCAAGAUCCUGUACAGACAGGCAAUGGAAGAGGUGCCAGUUGCAGAGUAUGAGAUAUCACUCUCAGAGGCUGAAAUACUUGAGGAAGGUGAGUCUAGGCUUUGAUUUUGGUCGCAAUUUUUGUUUCAAGCAGAGAAGUGACCAUUUUGAAACUACUCAAAAUUGUGCAGGAUCGCUGAUGACCCAUAAACAGGGCAUAAACUUUCUGUUAUUUUAAAUUGCUUCCGAAUUUGGUGGCCCAGGGAAGCAAGGAGGGUGCACAGGGAAGCAAGAAGGUGAAGGGAGGCAAUGAUGGUGUAGGGGAGCAAGGAUUGGGCAGGAGAGGUAGGAUGGUGCAGUGGGGUAGGGAUUGAGCUGGCGAGCGGGGAAGGAGCUGGGGAGCGAGGAUGGUGCAGGGGAGCGAGGAUGGUGCUGGGGAGAAAGGAUGGUGCAGGGGAGCAAGGAUGGUGCAGGGGAAUGAGGAUGGUGCAGGGGAGAGAGGAUCGAGCUGGGGAGCAGGGAUGGAGCUGGGGAGCGAGGAUGGUGCUGUGGAGCAGUGAUGGAGCUGUGGAGCAAGGAUGGUGCAGGGAAGCAAUAAUGAUGCUGUGGUAAAAGCACUUGGCUGUCACCGAUGUGGCUGAGUUCAAUUCCCGGCAUCAAUGCCAUAAUGAUAUGUUGGUUGUCUUCUUUGUUGCAAGAGGCUUUUCUGCAGGAACUCCGGUUUUCCCGUUCUUCAAACACUAAACUUGUACAUUCCAAUUGGACUAUAAUUAUUAGUAAAUCCCUCAAUCCCAUCUAGAAAUGCCAAUAAAUAAUCACUUUAGCUUCAUGCUUUCCUUACAGACUGAGGCUUUCUAUGCAGUCUUCAAACUCAUCAUUAAACAGUAAUAUUUCCUAAAAAAAAGGAAACAAAAUUUGAACCAACCAAGGAUAAAGUUUGAUCGCAACAUGUACACUGGGUACUAGUGGGAGAGGGAAAAAGUAUACCUCUGUGGUCAGCCUCCUUGCCCCUGCCCCCCCCCCCUCUCUCUCUUUGACUCAUCCACCAGUACCCAAGUGAAUUCUAGUGCUCAUGUGUUAACAGAAGACAUAAUAGAGUACUAAAGUGAUGACGUUAGCCAAUUAUACUCAGAAAACUCCAUACAAACCCUUCUAAUUUUUUUUGGGUCGACCCCAAAAAAAUUUAGAAGGGUUUGUAUGGAGUUUUCUAAGCAUAACUGGGCUACGAUCUCAGAGACAAUUUGCCCCGAAAUGCUCAUUUUUGGCAAGUAGGCCUCUUGGACAUUGUUCUUUCAGAAUAUCCUGACAAAUCCCAUAAUUUCAGAAAUUUCAUUGUUAUGACGUCAUCACUUUAGUACUCCAUUUGACUACAGGAUAUACAGUAGGGCUGUCACCAAGGGUCAUAGACUUGGGCUUUUCCCCGGCUACUAUAGGCAUGUCCAUUGUCUACUUUCACAGAAAUUAAAAGGAAAAUCGUACCACAUGUGUGAUAAGAAGACAUGGACUGCAGGGUAUGCAGGGCUGUCACCAAAGGUCGGGGACCAGGGUUUUCUCCCGGCCACUUUCAUAGGAAUUCAAAGGAAUUAUAGUGGUAUAGUCGUACCUCCGCUGACGGCCACCUCUCUACAACGGCCACUUUCUUCCGUCCCCAAGUGGCCGUUGUCGAGGUGUUCAACUGUACCAAAAGAACUCCCUAGCUUUUUAGUUCCCCGUCUAAUAAUUGCAUAAACGCGGCAACUGGAAAUCAUGGCAACAACAUUGGUAUGGUGACCAGUUUGGACUAAAAGUGCUUGAGAUAGUUUUGAGACGCACUAUAGAUCCUGACUAUAAGUCCUUUUUUGACAAAUCUGAUUUCAGGUUCUGAUGUGACAGUUGUGGGAUGGGGAACUCAGGUGCAUGUCCUACGUGAUGUCUGUAAAAUGGCAAAAGAUGAGCUCGGUGUCAGUUGUGAGCUGAUAGAUCUUCAAACAAUUCUUCCUUGGGAUGAAGAGACUGUCAUUAAGGUAUCUUAAAAUACGUAGCUUGAAUUUGUUUGACCAACAGCACACACUUCCUUUGGUUGCUUCAAGGUCAUGUGACAUGUAACAAUAAAACUGUUUCCCACCCAAAAGUCUCUGAAAGAGCGAAAUGACACAUUCUUUCAUGCGUGAGCAAUUACAAAUGUUAAAAACUGCUUUCUGAGAUUUCUUGUCAUAAAUCUGAACGCGUAGAAGUUUUUCUUUGUGGGCUACUGUAAUAAAUCUCUUAAUAACCAGUCCCUUGGGAAACUUGUUAAUUUUGUAUCCUUCAGCUACACCUCGGGAAACUUUGAGAUUCCCAUGGGAAUUGUCUUUAAGUGCCCAUUGUUGUUUGGAAUUUUAAAAGUGUUUGUCAUUGCGCAAGUAGUAUAAUCAAUGAGACAACUAGAGUUGCAUUACAUAAGUCAAUCUUAGUAUCAGUGCUUUCAUGAAAAAGGUGUCUAAAAGGAUCAAAUGGUUUUGUGUUUUAGUCUGUUCUAAAAACAGGAAGGCUUCUAAUAGCACACGAGGCUCCUUUAACUGGUGGAUUUGCUGCAGAAAUUGGCAGUACUGUACAGGUAAUCACUAGUGAACAUGUAACGUAUAUCUUAUUGGACGGUUUAGUGUGUAGUAUAGUNCGUGAUGUCUGUAAAAUGGCAAAAGAUGAGCUCGGUGUCAGUUGUGAGCUGAUAGAUCUUCAAACAAUUCUUCCUUGGGAUGAAGAGACUGUCAUUAAGGUAUCUUAAAAUACGUAGCUUGAAUUUGUUUGACCAACAGCACACACUUCCUUUGGUUGCUUCAAGGUCAUGUGACAUGUAACAAUAAAACUGUUUCCCACCCAAAAGUCUCUGAAAGAGCGAAAUGACACAUUCUUUCAUGCGUGAGCAAUUACAAAUGUUAAAAACUGCUUUCUGAGAUUUCUUGUCAUAAAUCUGAACGCGUAGAAGUUUUUCUUUGUGGGCUACUGUAAUAAAUCUCUUAAUAACCAGUCCCUUGGGAAACUUGUUAAUUUUGUAUCCUUCAGCUACACCUCGGGAAACUUUGAGAUUCCCAUGGGAAUUGUCUUUAAGUGCCCAUUGUUGUUUGGAAUUUUAAAAGUGUUUGUCAUUGCGCAAGUAGUAUAAUCAAUGAGACAACUAGAGUUGCAUUACAUAAGUCAAUCUUAGUAUCAGUGCUUUCAUGAAAAAGGUGUCUAAAAGGAUCAAAUGGUUUUGUGUUUUAGUCUGUUCUAAAAACAGGAAGGCUUCUAAUAGCACACGAGGCUCCUUUAACUGGUGGAUUUGCUGCAGAAAUUGGCAGUACUGUACAGGUAAUCACUAGUGAACAUGUAACGUAUAUCUUAUUGGACGGUUUAGUGUGUAGUAUAGUGGAAUAUUUUUACGAGUCACACCGUAUUUUGGCGAUCCCGUAGCGUGAGUCAAAAUACAAGAGACGAGAGAUGAUUUAAAAUAAACUCAUUAAAUACGUAAAACGAGAAUGCGUGACAGACUAACGUGACUGCUUUGCAAGUCCAGUUUUGCGCAUGCUUUAUGCAACGUUAUUGCUGAUUGGUCUACAAUGAAAACUAGAUUACUCGACAGCAAAUCAAAUUUUCUCGGAUUUCUCGGGUUUUCUUCGGCGCCUCGGGGUUCUGUCUGUUAGACAUUUGUAAGGAAAACAGUGAUGGAAUGACAAAUUAUUGUGAGGCUUAUGCCUGGUAAACCGACUGCAAGAAUGUAAACUGGGCCGAGAAAAUUGCGACGGAAAGCUAAAAAUCUCCCUCAAAUUCAAGGAGUUUCAAACAGCUAUUAUACUCGUAAACAACGGACUUGAAACCUCAUGGAGAAAAUAUGUACGCAUUUACACAUCGGGUACCCACGAUGUGAUUACACAUACAUUACCAUGUUCUUCCAGUAAACAGACACAAGUGCUCCCCUGGUCAUCGAUCGACUUUCUCAAGCUUCACGCUCGUUCCCGCGACGUCGUCGUUCAAACAAGUAGACUUGAGGGCAAAAUACAAGCGCCAAGUGUGAACUUGUCCUAAGUCGAAAAAGUCUGGGAGAGGGGCCCAUAAUCCAGAGCAACUCGCUAUCACACUAGGCUUAUGUCUCGACGUUUUCACCGACCGGUUUAUUUUUAGAUAUAUUUUAGUGCACUUCUUCCCACGAAAAUGGAAGCUCUCCUCCUUCUAUGAGCGUAUAUGAAACAAAACACAUCAAAAUUAAAAACUAAACGUCAUUAAAAGGUCCAAAAUACCAUUUUUAGGACUGUAGGAAUUGUUUACUGGUUUGUGGGACUUAUAAAAUAUUGUAAACUCGCGCCAAAGUUUCCCACUCCAGGUUAUGGAUAAAUGCAACAAGAAUCGUUAUUAUUCUAAAGUGAAGAAUUCUAAUUAGUUCAUUUAUGUUAAGGCUAAAAAGAUUUUCGAAUCUCAUAAAAAAGAUAACGUUUUUCUUUCUUGGGGAGAGUGCUAUUUUUAAAAUGGAGGUUUGCUCCAAACCCGUGCAUAGUGGUAGAAGAAGGUAAUUUAUCGUUGAAAAUUUACCCUCCUUUAACGGGAUUUUCCCUUUCCCAUCCUAACAACUGCUGUUUUCUCCAUAACUUACAUUUUCUAAUUCUUGAUUUGUCGCAGGAACAUUGUUUCCUAAAUCUUGAAGCUCCGAUUCAACGUGUAUGUGGCUGGGACACACCCUUCCCUCAUAUCUUUGAACCAUUUUAUCUGCCGGACAAGUGGAGAUGUUUUGAAGCUCUGAAGAAAAUCAUCAGCUAUUAA